UUCACUGUGACCCUUUAUUCUCCGGUGACGGUCCGGGUAUAGUAUAGACAUAUUAUUAGAAUGAUUCCAUGUCUGACGAACCGUCACAUACACGACUGUAAAAAAAUGGGUGCAUUGUGUGAACAUGGAGGAAGGAAUAGAAUACCACAACCAUACACUGAAGGCAAGCUCAUGAAGUAUGAUAAAAAAAAAGGUGGGCAACUCGGAUUGCAUUGGUCGAUGUACAUUUAUUUUCAAUGCAUGUUACACGCUAAAAUACCAACCGGAUGUGUACAACCUCAGGACAAAGAUAAACUUGGCCGUGGUAGUCUCUGCAAUAAUACCAAACCAGCGGUGGCCGUGGAAGUACGAGUUCAGUUGUCUACACUGUGUAUCUUGUCUCUUCACAUAGCAUUUGGAUGUGAUGAUGGGUGAUCUAGAACAGAAGGCGUUCAUUUGGAAAUGAUAUGAUGGGCCAAUCAUGUCGGCAAACCUAGCUGUCAACACGAUAUGUAUUGUGAUACCAGCAGAAGACCGUCGUUAAAAAUGGUGUGGAUAAUUACCCUGUGAAAGGAGUUCGGCGAAAUCACUGCCCAUAAAGAAACGACUUUGAUUACGGACGCAAGAUAAUUACAAGAACACGGAACCUGUUGAUUGAAUUUUGCUCAAUAUUUACUAAAGAAGCAGACUUAACUACGCUUCAGCUAUAUACCGUAUUCCCGUUUCAACAAUGAGCCGACGUCACCGGCAAUCUCGGAGCCUUAUUACACGGUCAAUACCGUUCAUUCCACGGUGCAACCAAAGCUUGAUCAACCGGUUGAUCACGGCCUACAUCGUUUUCUUCGUAGCUUCGAUGUACUUAUUUGCUUCCAGUGUAGUUGUUAAAUCUACGGCAACACAUCACCUUUAUACUGGAAACAGUUUAUUCGUUAAAUCCACGGCAACACGUCACCUUUACACUGGGAACAGAAGCAUGACGACGCGAGGUCGCAAUUGCACUGGCUUGACCUGCAAUCAUUCUGUCAAACCGUCACCACCGACUAAUCAUGCACUUCACAUGAUGAUGCGAGGUCCCAAUUGCACUGGCUUGACCUGCAACCAUUCUGUCACACCGACACCACCGACUAAUCAGGCACUUCAACCCUGGGCUGCUGACAAUUACACAAAUCGUUUCUUCUGGGAAACCUUCCUUGAGUCCGGGGAAUUUGUCACCUUCAAAGGAGGAGAAGGACAGGAGCUUGAAUUCAGGAAAAAUCCAGGCUAUGUUCCAUCGAAAUGCCCGACCUCAAUUCAGCGGAGAAUGUCCAACAAUGGGAGGGGCCGUACAAUAUUCCACCCAGAGAUUCACUUGCUAACGAACAGUGAACUACUAAACGAGUCCGAGUACGAAAGACUGAGCCCCUAUUACAUGCCAUUCGGUUACAAAUACAGGGCGAAUCAGUCGGGCUAUGAAGUCUAUCUGUCUACGCUCAAAAUCUUUCCACCAAAAAAUUCCAUAUUCGAAUUUUCAAACGACCAUCCCCGGCCUGAAUGUCUGUCCUGUGCAGUCGUCGGUAAUGGCGGCAUACUCAAAGGAUCCCGGAAAGGUGCAGAGAUUGACAACCAUCACAUGGUCUUCCGUGUUAACAAGGCUAUUAGACGAAACCAUGAAAGGGAUGUUGGGAGUCGCACAACACAUUACAUUUUCUAUGACCGAUCUCUACGCGCUACCAAUGCAGCGGACGUCCCAAAAGAUAAGGGAAUAAUUUACGUAUUCGUGCCGUGCCGGGACAACGACUACAAAUACAUCACUUCAGUUGUGCGAGGCAAGGAUCCAAAGCUUAAAGCCGCCGCUCAAGAUGUUAGAAUCCUGCAUCCAGACUUCAUAAGAUACAUCAAUAAGAUAUGGGUGAACUCCCCCAUAAAGUCCUACCGUCCCACCACGGGUGGCAUAAUGCUCCUGGCUGCCUUUCACUCUGGCUGCGACCAAGUCAGCGUCUACGGAAUGGGUUACACCGUCAAGUACUCCCUGUAUUAUACCGACGGCAAGUAUCAGCGCGUCGGUAUGAACAAACACGCCCACGACAUCGACACCGAGGUGGCCAUUUUAAAGGGUCUGGACCGGGCGGGAAUCAUCAGUUGGUACAAGCGGGACGUGAAGGAGUUCUUUACCACUGGGAGCAACUCGUGAUGAUGACACAAACUCCUUGCGUGGGAUCGUGGAAAAUUGUGGAUUGUGGAAUAUGUAGCAAGAGUGCAGUACAGACUUUGGCGUCGUAUAUGCAGGUUGCCUAUGUUCGCUCUUAAUAUCUCUAUUUCUUUGAGCACUCAUUUUGUAUACUUAGUGACCCGGCACUUCCGCGUGUGCUCGACCCUUGAGCACGAGAUGCACGUACCCACCAUGAUUUGCAACGCCUGUGUUUCCUUCCCAAAUAGGGGCAAAUGUUCAUACCAUUUCCCUGAAGGUUUUUCUUUUCAUUUAAAAGUUUCAUUGACGUUGCAAGCAUUCUGUACUCAGCAUUAACAAAUAGCAAGGUUCACUCACAUCCCCAAGCAACCUAAAUAGGAGUGGGACGGGCUUUAAUUGAAACCACUCAUGCAUUACGCCAAUUCCAGUGUAGUUUCGUUGUAAUAAAAAUAAAAUUCAUGUUUUACCCUCUGCAAGUUUUUCCUCAUAAAACAAUUCUGUAGACCAAUAAAUCCUUGCCUGUAGCCCCAAACUUGCCAUCUACCGAUCAUAAACAUAAAGAUACAUUUAGUCUUUUAGUCUUUUAUAUUUGCCAUUCCCUGUAACAAACAAAAUAACACUGCAAAUAUAUCGAGAGCCACAUCGUUAGGUGAGUUAGAACUAUGUGAAUAUAUUUAUGAACAGAAAUUCCAGUGGAACCAUUUGUUUUAAUUUAAACCAAAAAACAUCCUUUU